AUGCUUAUGCAGAGGAUACCCAAAUGCGCCCGCUCAAGAUGGUCAAAUUGCCGACCGCUUCUUAGUCAUCGAAUUCUUCAAUUCCCUCAUUAUGCCAUUCCAACGCGCGUCUUCGCGUGCAGAUCUAUUUAUACUCCCCCCAACUAUUCACGCGUACAAAUUAGCUCAGAGGAAGACACCAAGCGCCUCUACUGCCUAUUGCAAUCCUACAUUCAAGAUCCAUCCCGCGCAAAAGCCGUCAAAGAGGUCGUCAUCGACGCAACACCCUGGAUCUAUGCCUCUACGUCUAAGAUACCAGAUUACGAUGAACUGCCCACCUCGAUGGGAUAUGAAGAACUUGCCGAUCCCCCUGAGGUCAGACUACGACGAUAUGCUCGUCACCUAGGCUUGGGCGACGCAACGGCUGGCCAGGUCGAUAAGAUCCUAAGUUGGAAGUGUCGCGAGUAUGGAUUUAAACUUCAGAAAGAAAGCGAGUUUUCAAUUGCCAUGAUCAUUCUUCUCUUUUCGCUCUGCGAGAAUAUUUCCACGCUGUAUAUCGCUGAAUACCUCCAACAGCCUGUUCUGGAGUAUAUGCUCAAGGCGAAUUAUGCACAGAUGAAGAGUCCCCCGCUUCAGAAGCUGAAAAAUGUGCGUUUCUUCGCUGGCGCUCAGAUGGACGAGAGGUUUUACAGCACGUUUAAUAUUCUCGAGUUCAUGCAAUUGAUACAUCGUCUCCCAGCUCUUGAGUCAGUGGCCAUGGACGGCCUGUCGGAUUAUCAGGCGGACCGCACGUUCUUCGUUCCGGGGACAGGAAAUAUGAAGAGAUUGGAAAUCACCCAUUGCGAUAUUUCGUCUGGCAUACUCGACGUCAUGAUCUCGAUUCCUAAGGCGCUUGAGGAGUUCAAGCUGUCGAUUGGUGGUUUGAUGACUCUUGACGGGGCAGAUAAUUCUAGUGAACCGUUUUAUAUUGCGAGGGCACUCUCUACGCAUAGGCAAUCAUUGAAAGUGUUGGACAUUGACGUUGAUGUAGGCACUGGGGCAGACGCGCUGGGCUGGGAUUUUGACAGGAACUAUGAGGAGGAAGAAGGUGACGGAACAAGUUGGGAGAUACAGGACCAGCUUGAUCAAUAUGGACGUGAUAGGCUGUCUUUGGAUAAAGAGAUCAGUACUGGGCACAAGAUGGACAGUGGCAAUGAGUACUUAGUGACUAUCGGGUCAUUACACGACUUUCCUCACCUGACGCAUCUGAGCAUAGGCAUCAUGCCACUCCUCGGGGAAUACGAUGGGUGGCAACCACCCUUUCGAAUCAAGGAACCGCCCUACCGACUUGAGAAACCCGCGCCCUACCGACUGGUAGACAUGUUACCGCCUUCUCUAGAGUAUCUCUGCCUAUAUGGGUAUGCGCAGGGAGAAAAUCCAGAUGUUGACGAGCAUAUUGAUGAGCUUCUGGCUAGAAGGAAUGAAAAGUUGCCGAAUUUGAAGGUUAUUAAGGGUAUUGAUGAGCGUGUGCGGGAUAUAAAGGACAUUCUUCAUGAUAUGGCCGUGGAAGAGGUUGAUGAGGAUGAGCGUUAUGUGAGAGGGGAGGGGUUUGAGUCUGGAUGGAAGAAGGUGGAAGAGCCGAAGCAGAACUAA